CGCUUUCUUUUUUACUAUUAUUUUUUUUUCCCAUUAAUAUUUUCUUCGCUUCCUCUCUCGCUUCUCUCUCUUUCUCUCUCCUCUGAUCUCCGCCCUAAACCCUCGCUAAAACCUCUCUCGAUUGUCGGAAAGGGUUUGUCAUCUGUGAUCCAGAAAUAGGAGAGGAACUCGCUUCUGAUUCCUUCAAAUCGGGAGGGUGAAGUAAAAGGGGAUCUGUCCUUUACCUUUUUCGUGGUUGAUGAAACAGCGGACUGUCUCCGGCCGCCAGAUCCGUCGCUCCUCGCGAUGAAUCCGACAGCCGUCGUUCGCGGGAACCGCGGCGCCGCGGCCUUGGACGCCCCGUUGAAGUUCUCCGAGCACGUCGCCAGCUCCAGGAAGACCGCACCCGCUGCGGCGAGCAGCCGGCGGAGGAGGGUCGUGCGCAUCCACUGCACCGACGUUGACGCUACUGACUCCUCUUCUAGCGACGACGAAGAGGAUGCCGGGCCCACCUGUCGCCGCGUUAAGCGGCACGUCCAGGAGAUUGGGAUCGAGGCCGGCCCGCGUCGGGCGCCGCCCGAGCGGCCACCCGCUGCGGCGACAGAUCCGUGCGGCUGGAAAAGGUUCCGAGGCGUCCGGCGGCGGCCGUGGGGCCGGUGGGCUGCGGAGAUCCGGGACCCGACCCUGCGGAAGAGGGUCUGGCUCGGGACCUUCGACACCGCGGAGGAGGCGGCCGCCGUGUACGACGCCGCCGCCAUGAAGCUCAAGGGCGCCAAGGCCGUAACCAACUUCCCCGUGACGAAGACGGUCACCGUCGACAGCAGCGAAUCGUCUUGCGCUAGAGACGACGUCUCCGACAACCCCUUCCCCUCCCCGACCUCCGUCCUCCGUAACAACGCGGACCAGACGCCCUUCGACUUCCUCGGCUACGGCGAGGUCGACGCCUUCGGGCUACGCGUCGACCCGCCGCUCUACAUAACCGAUUUCUAUCUGCCGCAUCGGCCAUGCGUUGAGGCGGCGGGCGACGGGUUCUCCGAGUUCGACGCCGACGAUUUCAUGCUCGAAGUGGUCACCUUAGAGUCGUUUUCUUCUUCUCCAGCCAAGACGAGUGCUGUGUUGUAGCGAGCGAGUACUUCAGCUAGUGUGUUCCGAAUUUUUCACCUUUUUUUUCUAUAUUGUUUAUAUUUCUAAGGUUUCAAAAGGAGAGAGAAAAAAAAAGGAAAAAAAAAUAGUGGGGAGGGGUAUACAGAAUUUACAGAUUAAGGAGCGCUGUUCCCAUUAAUGUUGUGGAGUGAGAGGCACGAGGGAGUGACGGCCAGCUUUCCUUCAAUUCCACGGCUGGCCGUGGAAAGGUCAGAUAUAUAUAUAUAUAUAUAUAUAUAUAUAUAACUCCUCUGUUUCUUUUCUUUUUUACAAAGAGGGGCCGUCGUCGUGUACGGCGAUAAUAUCUUCCGCGGCAUAUUUGAAGAGUUUGUCGGGCUGUGGCUGGCGGGGCGCGGCAGGCGUGGCGUACAUUCUCACCGUCGAUUGAGAUCGGAGGUCACGCGGCGGGUGAGUGCGAAGCAAAACGGCCCCACGUCUGUCUGCUGUGGAAAUGACUGAAGCGCCCCCUCGGCGUGGAUUUUUCCACUCCUCGACGUGAUCAGCCGUCUCCGCGAGUGGUCCGAAAGCCAUCGCUCCAUGAUCCACGCGGAGCCGUCUGAUCGGCGUGCAUGCGUGGCAAUCCACGUGCCCUAAAAUAUGAUUGGACUGGGAUUAACGGGUUCGGAUCAUCCUAGUAUGUUUUGCUCAAUCAUGGCAUCGGAUUCGCCGAGGGUCCUCACCCAAGUCUUCAAGUGGCGGAAAGAAGUGUCUCACCCAUUUGCCGACGGACCACCGAGCUGCGUUGUUGUGCGGUCGGAUCCACCUCGUCCUCCGCCUCCACCAUGUCCUUUGCCCGUGGAAAGCGGAAAAGGAAGCACACAUGGUCCAAGUCGGUGGAGCUCUAAAGAUCUCAGUGCAGGAGAAGAAGAACCAGCCCAUACUCCUUGGUGGUCCUGGAGGGACCAGGUCAGCGCAGGAAGUCUCUAUCUUCGGUGCGAUGGUCUUAGAAGCUUCUUCUUUGCCACUAGCGGGAGCAGAAACUGUUGUCCUGUUCGAUUUCCUGCACUGAGUUGGAUCGAAACGACAAGGAUAGUACAGAAACUAUCUCUGCAUCGAGAGUGUUGUUAUCUGCGACUCGUUGUAAGUAAGAUCAGCAGUGUUAAUGUCGUCCUAUGAAAUGAAUAUCUAUACCAAAAACAAAAAAAAGCAUAACUAUCGGAAAUAGUUCGCUCUA